AUGGGCCGCUGGGGUAGACAAAGUCCUGUUUUGGAACCGGAACCUCCACCACCAAUUCCGCCGCGUACAUUUAUGCGCCAAUCCAGUUUCACGAAAAUCGGAAAUAUGUUAAAUACAGCAAUUAAUAUAAAUGGAACCAAGAAACCGCAAAGUAAUGGAGAAGCGUCUUGGUGCUUCUCACAAAUAAAAGGAGCAUUAGAUGAUGAUGUAACAGAUGCUGAUAUUAUAUCAUGUGUUGAAUUUAAUCAUGAUGGAGAGUUAUUGGCGACAGGUGACAAAGGUGGACGUGUAGUAAUAUUCCAGCGUGAUGCUGCUUCAAAAACAGCAAUUCCUCGACGUGGUGAAUAUAAUGUCUAUUCGACAUUCCAAUCGCAUGAGCCUGAAUUUGACUAUCUCAAAUCAUUAGAAAUUGAAGAAAAAAUAAAUAAAAUACGAUGGCUUAAGCGUAAAAAUCCUGCCCACUUCCUGCUUUCAACGAACGAUAAAACCGUUAAAUUAUGGAAAGUCAGCGAACGUGAUAAGUCAUUUGAAGGAUAUAAUACAAAAGAAGAGAAUGGGAUAUCUAAGGAUCCACAAAAUGUAACCGCCUUAAGAGUUCCUGCUGUGAAGAAUAUUCCACUAAUGGUUGAAGCAUCACCACGCCGUAUUUUCGCCAAUGCACAUACCUAUCACAUAAACUCAAUUAGUGUUAAUUCUGAUCAAGAAACAUAUUUGUCUGCUGAUGAUUUAAGAAUCAACCUGUGGCACCUAGAAGUGACGGAUCAGAGCUUUAAUAUAGUCGACAUAAAGCCAACUAAUAUGGAAGAAUUAACAGAAGUUAUAACAGCGGCUGAAUUUCAUCCGACAGAGUGCAAUGUGUUUGUGUACUCAAGCUCAAAGGGCACAAUUCGUUUAUGUGAUAUGCGAUCAUCAGCGCUGUGUGAUAGGCACAGCAAGCAAUUUGAGGAGCCGGAAAAUCCAACGAACCGAAGUUUUUUCAGUGAGAUCAUUAGUUCGAUAAGUGAUGUGAAAUUGAGUAAUUCAGGACGUUAUAUGAUCUCUAGAGAUUAUUUAAGUAUUAAAGUGUGGGACUUACACAUGGAAACAAAACCCAUUGAAACUUAUCCGGUGCAUGAAUAUCUGCGUGCUAAACUCUGUUCUUUAUACGAGAACGAUUGCAUUUUUGAUAAAUUCGAGUGUUGUUGGAAUGGAAAAGACUCAUCCAUUAUGACUGGCAGUUACAAUAAUUUUUUCCGAGUGUUUGACCGUAAUUCAAGGAAAGAUGUCACACUUGAAGCUUCACGUGACAUUAUUAAACCAAAAACGGUGUUAAAACCGCGCAAAGUAUGCACUGGCAAUAAGCGAAAAAAGGACGAGAUUAGCGUUGAUUGCCUCGAUUUUAAUAAAAAAAUAUUGCACACCGCCUGGCACCCACAAGAGAAUGUUAUAGCUGUAGCAGCAACCAAUAAUCUAUUCAUAUUUCAGGAUAAAUUUUAGCUAAAAAUAUCGUUAUAUGUUUUUUCCUCAUUAGUUUAUGAAUCAUAUAAUGCGUAUAAUUUUUAUCGUUAUUUUAUACUUUCCAAAAUUUCAUUUACAAAUUAUUUCAAUAUCUGUACACUUAAAAAUUUUAUAGAGAUUAACAUAUUUAUUAUUUUACUAUUUACAUACUAUUCUUUAUUGUUUCUUAAUUUUUACAUUGUAUAAUUCUUUAUUUAACAACAGACUCGUUUUGCAUACACAUUCAUUGUAAAUCACUAUAAAUUGGAUUUCUUCUGCUGCUAUUUAAAUUUUAUAUAAUUUUGAAUGAAUUUUCUAUAUUUUUAAAUUUGAAACUAUUUUUCGGUUUAUAUAUAUAUAUAUGUUUUUU